AUGGCGAACCACCCCCACCAAUCGCAAAUGGCCUACGAACCUGACCCUCUAUGCAUCACAACCAUGAACUGCAGGGGCCUAAAUAUCCCGGAGCGCAGAUCGCACCUUCUCCGAGAGCUUACCUCUAAGCGCGUAUCGAUUGCUUUCCUACAGGAAACACACUUUAAGGAAGGACAUGCUCCGCCGUUGAAGAGCAAACACUACCCCACUGCGGCUCUCAGCAACCACCCGACUGCACGUAAGGCUGGUGUAGCAGUUCUCACCCAUGCUCAACUACAGUUCCAGGAAGUGGAGCGACUGGUUGACCCUAAUGGCAGAUACCUGUUCAUUAAGGGAGACAUACAAAACCGUAGGUACACCCUCGCGACGAUAUACGCACCAAACAACAACCAAUCACACUUCAUACGUAAAUCUCUCUCCAACCUCUCCUCGUUCACGGAGGGCACGUUAAUCGUUGGAGGAGAUAUUAAUGUUCCCCUCAUCCCUCUCAUAGAUUCAUCCACGGGACAUAGCAGCAUCACCCAAGGAGCCAUCCGAAGCAUUCAAAAAACACUAAAGAACCUUAGGCUGGUGGAUUGCUGGCGAGCGAUGCACCCGGAAGACAGGGAAUACACUCACUACUCGGUGAUACAUAAGCGAUACGCAAGGAUUGACUACAUUUUCCUUCAACAGGAACAUCUUGACGCUAUCCAAACAGCAGAAAUCGGAACAGCAAGCUGGUCGGAUCAUGGUCCUGUGACCCUGCAAAUGGACUCCCCUAGGGUACGCCCAACCACUAGGUCGUGGCGACUCCAGGACUCAUUACUCUUGGACCCAUCAGUGAAGGAAAAGGUUUCCGAGGAACUCACCUCCUAUUUCACACUGAAUGAGACAGGUGAUCUUCCCGCGACCACGAUAUGA